AUGGGCGGUGUUCUCAAAAAGCCAUCAGAGGCUUACGCGGAUGACAACAUCUCAUCACCAACGAUUCAAUUGAUUUCAACGGAACACCUUGACGGAGUGCUUGAAUGGCGUCAUAGAACUUUUUGGGAUUGUGUAGAAUGCGGUUAUCCAAGGUCCGGAUAUAGUUGGUGUCAAAAUUGUGAAUCGUAUCGAUUUGAACAGCAAUUCCCACAUUGGACGAGCGGUAAUAUAGAGAUCGAUGAUUUUAUCCGGACAUCGCAAAAAAAUGCUCAAACGUCUCACGACUACCUGGAAUGGAUACCGUAUGAUUAUUUUACUGAGGUCGAGUAUUUGACAAGCGGUGGAUAUGGUGAUGUCUACUCCGCGACAUGGUUAGAAGGACCUCGAUGGGCUUGGGACGAAACUGAUCAAAUGAGAAUAAGGACGGGUCCUCGAAUCGUUGCGUUAAAGAUCCUUGACAAUUCACAAAACGUCUCGACAGAUUUUCUAAAUGAGAUCUCAUCGCAUCAUCGUUGUAAUCCUGAAGGUCAUGUCGUGUUUUGCUAUGGUAUAUCCAAAGAUCCAACGACGAAUAACUACAUUCUUGUGAUGGAUUAUGCGGAAAGCUUUCACGAAUACGUGAUAGCAAGAUCAACAAGGAUACCAUGGCCAAAAAAGCUGGCGAUACUUUAUGACCUCGCGUUAGGUUUGGCUGCGUUACAUAGCAAGAGCAUAUUGCAUCGAAAUUUCCAUCCGGGAAAUAUAUUUUUAGAUGCGAGACACCAAGGGUACACUUGCAUUAGUGAUAUAGGUCAAUAUUAUCCGCCAGAUAAGGAUUCUAAUAGCAAGAAAUUGUACGGUGUUUUACCUUAUGUUCCACCCGAAGUCUUGCUUGGUACGGCUUUCACCAGCGCCUCAGAUAUCUAUGGGUAUGGCAUGAUCAUGUGGGGGGUCUCCACGGGACGACGGCCAUUCGCUGACCGACCACAUGACCAAUCCCUUGCCUCUGACAUAUGCAAUAGUCUACGGCCCAAAGCAGCAAAAGGCACGCCGCCUUCGUUUGUCAGAUUGAUGAAAAAGUGUUGGGAUCCCAACCCAUCAAAUCGUCCGGACGCGACGGAAUUGAUCGGUGUUUUGGAAGAUUGGCUGAAAGAACUUCAUAAUGACAAUGAGCUGUCCGACAUUCGAGCGGAAUUUGAAGCGGCGGAGCAACAUAGGACAAACGGCACUUCUUCCGCACCAAGUUCCCCUUCCAUGUUUCAUCCCCUCGCAAUAUACACUAGCAGGCUAUUAAAUUUCUCAAAUUUGAAAGUGUGGUGA